CAGAACACUGCUGUCAAGGCUGUGGUGACCGCAGGGUGCCAGGAAGGGACUUCAUUUCUGGCUCUAGACGUCUUUAGAGUACUCAGCUGCCUGCAGUUCCCAUUCAGAUCGCAGGGGGAGCCAGGAGGCUACACUUCAGGCUGCAGUUUCCCUCCUGAGUCCUGCAGUGUUUGCUGCCCCAGCCUUGGCUCAGCCUCAGGGGCUCUGAGAGUGACCCAGCUUCCUGAAGGAUAGCCAUGGAGCUACUCUGGAUGCCCCUGCUGCUGGUGGCCUCUUGUGUCUCUGCUGAUCACAGCUCACCAGAGGUGGAUGCCAAUCUUUCCAGCAUCAACCUAACCAAGCCUUUGCACAUCCUGGAGGAUCACAAUCUGCUGGUGCUAACGCCUGCUGGUUUGACCCAGAUGCUGAACCAGACCCGCUUCCUUAUGGUGCUUUUCCACAAUCCAUCCUCAAAGCAAUCCAGGAACAUGGCCGAGGAGCUGGGCAAAGCUGUGGAGAUCAUGGGCAAAGGCAAGAACGGGGUCGGCUUUGGCAAAGUGGACAUCACCAUAGAGAAGGAGCUUCGUCAAGAGUUUGACAUUAAGAAGGCCCCGGAAUUGAAACUGUUUUUUGAGGGAAACAGAUUGGAGCCCAUCAGCUGUCAAGGAGUCGUUGAAUCUACAGCCUUGGUUGUUUGGUUGAGAAGACAAAUUAGCCAGAAAGCAUUUUUAUUCAACAACAGCCAGCAGGUGGCAGAGUUUGUGAAAGCCAGGCCCUUGGUCAUUGUUGGCUUCUUCCAGGAUUUAGAAGAAGAAGUAGCAGAGUUGUUCUUUGAUGUGAUCAAAGACUACCCAGAACUAACGUUUGGAGUGAUAACGAUUAAAAAUGCUGUUGGCCGUUUCCAUGUCACUCUUGACAGUGUCCUGGUGUUCAAAAAGGGAAAAAUUGUGAACCGCCAAGAGCUUAUUAAUGACAGUAACAACAAACAUGACCUCAAUCAAGUCAUAAAACAGCACCUUACAGAUUUAGUGAUUGAAUACAACAGUGAGAAUAAGGAUUUGAUUUAUGAAUUGAACAUCCUCAAUCACAUGCUGCUCUUUGUCUCCAAAAACUCUGAAUCAUACAGUGUCAUAAUUCAACAUUAUAAACUGGCAUCGAAGGAAUUCCAAAAUAAGGAACAUGAUGGUUUAGCUGCCUUUUUGAUGGACUUUGCUCCACUAGAAGUGGUGAGGGCAGUAUGGGAGCACUUGGCUUGGAGUGCCCAGCACAUUGAAGUAGACAAUAUUGGUUGA